ACAGCCCCAACAUAUCAAUGGUGGUGAAAAGGGAAUCUAUGUUAUCAUGUAUCCUCCAACUGAAACGGUGUCAGAGGGUUUAACGAGAUGGCUUUCAAAUUUAGAAAAUGAGGAGAUUAGUGGUUCGAACUUCCUUGACAUGACCAAGCAAGAUUUUCAAGAUUAUGGUAUGAAAGGUGGACCCGCUAUAACUCUCGCGAAAGCAAAACCAGGAGGCCUUGAACAUUAUGCAGAAUGUGAUGCAACUCAAAAGCUCCUACCACACGUAUAG